AUGCAAUUUUUCGUGUCGGAAUAUUUACAGUUUAAAGGGUUGCAAAAAAGUUCGCCCCUUCAAAACUACUUCUUUACCUCUUUUAUGGCGUUAAUUCUAUUAGCUCUUUUCUUUAUCAAUCGAUUACAAAAGAAUUUGAGACGUAAAUUAUUUGGAAAAAGGCAAGAGACAAAUGAUCAAUGGUAUCAAGUUAUUUCAGAAAAUUCAGAAAAAGCACUGGAAGUUGAUUUACACUCAGGUACAGGUCCAUUAGUGACUUCCUUUAUCCUAAAUGAUGAUGAUUUACCUCCUAGUCCGAGGCACGAUUGGACAUUAUAUUCCAUUAUAUUACAAUCAACGAGAAUGAAGUUGUUAAUACUUGUUGCUUUUGUUCAAUUGUUGAGCUUGACUCUCGGGUUUACCAUUUCUAGUGGAUCAGUUUCAGUUAAUCAAAAAAAAGUUGAGUUCGGGGAAUUCAAUACUCAAGAAAUUAAGCAAUUAUCAAGUGAAAAUCUCAAAGAUAAAAUUGAAAUAAAACUUCAAUUAGCUGACAAAGUAGAGGCUGUUCCUCAUCAAUUAUUAAUUGCUAUAUCAAGUGCUGAAAAUUAUGCUUUAGCUUCUCAUUAUACCCCUACAUAUAAAAAGGGAGAAAUUAAGGUUACAAUACCUGUUGCCAAACUUCCUGAAGUAUUAAAGAUUCAAGAUAAAUUAUUCAUAAGUGUUAUUAUCGCUGAUUCUUCUGCUCAAUUAUAUAAAAAUUUAGUGGAAUUCAUUCCUGGUGGAGAAUUAAAGUCAGCUAAUAAAUAUAAAGAAGUUCCAAGAAUUGGUCUUAAACCUGAAAUUCAUCAUACUUUUAAUUCUGAUCCUAAAACAGUUAAUCCAAUUAUUCCAAUUGGAUUUAUUGGUGUUGCCGUUGUUUUAUUCUUAGCAUUAGUUUUCUCAUGGGUUGGUUUUAUUGGUAAAGAUUUAUAUGGUACUUUAAAAUUUACUUCAGCAGGUCAAUUAUUUUAUAAUAUUUCAUUUUUAUUAUCAUUAGUUGGAUUUGAAUUAAAUUUUACUAAAUAUUAUUUAGGUCAAAAUAUCUUUACUACUUUAUUUACAAGUUUCCUUUGUGGUAUUGCUAGUAUCUACUUUGGUUCCAGAGUCUUAAGACAUUUGGCACAUGGUAGACAUAUUGGUAGAUCUUAA